UAACUAACUGACCGAUCCUCAAGAGAAGGAAGUUCCAAGUUCCAAUCUGAGUCUCUCGCUCUCCAGAUAUCCUCCCUCUAUUGCGAGUCAUGUCGCUUCGCCAUGAAAUCCACAGUGUCUCGCCUGCCAAUUGCCCAAGUGUAGGGCUCAUAGUGGGGGCCGUGACAUCCAGCUUCUCUUCCUUUUCUCCUCAUCUUACGAUUAGCAGAAUAGAGUCAGCAAUUGCAGUGCCUACAUGUCUCGCCUCGAUGCUACUUGUCUCUCACAAAUACUUACCUAUAUAGUGCUGCCAAUUACCUAAGCUAAGAACCUGGCUAGCUAUAUAGAUAUGCUCGUAGAGAGAUUUGUAUAGGGCUUUCGGCAGGUGGG